AUGUACUCUUCCAACUGCCAGAGGGGCCUUAACUAUGGAUAUACUGAAGUAGCUAUUUUCAGGAAUCCUUACGUAAUAUCGCGUCGACAGUUUGACGAUGACUACUCCGAUUACUAUCGCGAUUUCAAGGCACAGUCCAGAGACUACGAUCGACGUGUGCAGACGUAUCAGCAUGCGAUCUACUUCAUUAGGGUCAUGGCAUAUAUCCAGAUUUUCAUCGCUGGAGUUCUAUUAGUAUCAGACGUCUCUAAAAUUGUCCUCCUUUGGACAUUCGUUCACUCAGCCGGUACCAUCAUUGAAAUGAUUUGCCAAUUGUCAUUCCCGCUUUUCUCGCUCAUUCUCGGGUUUUUAUCGCUCACCAGUGCCUUGUCGCCGUCAAGCGUCAUCUCCAAAUCGGUGGCCAUACUCCUGAUUGCGACCAUCGUACCAAAUUUCGUCUUUCCAAAACAGGCUGCUUUUAUAACUAGUAAGUUUUUAAGAGUGCUUUUUGGAUUUGGUUAUCCACGAAAUAAUGAAGGACCCGAUGUAAGGUGGUAA